UUUUUCUCUGAUAGUUUUUUUUUUUGUUGCGAAUUUUUGAAUUUACGUGUGUUUUCUGUGAAUUUCGUUGAGCAGUAGUCAUCUUGAUUUGUUCCCCCAAUUUCUUUUUUUCUGGUUCUUCGGAUUUUUACCCUUUCGCUUGGGGUUCAGGCUGCCCCAGAUCGCGAUCUCGUGAGCUUGAUGCUAAAUUAGGGUUCGCUUCCGAUUGCACUGCUUGAGGAGAGGGUUCGAAUACCACCGGAGAAAAUGGGGGUUAUGUCCAGACGGGUUUUGCCCGUCUGUGGUAACCUCUGUUUCUUCUGUCCUUCCUUGAGGGCAAGGUCCAGACAGCCCGUGAAACGCUACAAGAAAAUGCUUGCUGAGAUUUUCCCUCGCAAUCAGGAAGCUGAGCCAAAUGACAGGAAAAUCAGCAAGCUUUGUGAAUAUUCGUCAAGGAAUCCUUUACGAAUUCCAAAGAUUACAGAUUACCUUGAGCAGAAAUGUUACAAAGAAUUGCGAAAUGGAAAUAUUGGAUCAGUUAAAGUAGUGUUAUGCGUCUACAAGAAGCUUCUUUCAUCAUGUAAGGAGCAGAUGCCCCUAUUUUCUUCUAGCUUGUUAAGCAUCAUCCGAACUCUUCUGGAGCAAACAAGGCAGGAAGAAGUGCAGAUCUUAGGUUGCAAUUCUCUUGUUGACUUUAUAAGUUUCCAGAGUGACAAUUCACACAUGUUCAACUUAGAAGGUCUUACACCUACGCUCUGUCAACUUGCUGAAGAAGUGGGGGAUGAUGAAAGAUCCCUCCGUUUACGCUCAGCAGGAAUUCAGGCAUUGGCAUACAUGGUAUCUUUCAUGGGCGAGCAUUCCCAAAUAUCAAUGGACUUUGACAGUAUCAUUUCUGUGAUUCUGGGAAACUACAUGGAUAUAGAGAGUAACCAAGUCCACUCGGAGGAAGUUUGUGGAAGUUCGAAAACUGAGAAUCAUCAAGAAAACGGCUUGCGUUUUCCCAAUUCGAGCGGAGCUAUUACUGUUAGACCUAAUCAAGUGGCUGGCUUUCAUUCGGAAAACAUGGAUACUUCAAAGAGCCCCUCAUACUGGUCUAUGGUUUGCCUUUGCAAUGUAGCCAGAUUAGCAAAGGAAACCACAACUGUUCGGCGCGUUCUUGAACCACUUUUUAAUGCUUUUGAUGUUGGGAAUUACUGGUCUCCACAAAAGGGAGUUGCCUCUUCUGUUUUAUUGUUUCUGCAGUCUUGCCUGGAAGAAUCAGGAGAAAAUUGCCAUCUGUUGAUAUCAACUUUGAUCAAGCACUUGGAUCAUAAGAAUGUAAUGAAGCAACAAAGCCUUCAAAUUGACAUUGUUAACAUGGCCACAUACCUUGCACGAAAUGCAAAGCAUCAGGGUUCAGUCACGAUUACUGCUGCAAUAGCUGACUUAGUAAAACACUUGCGAAAAUGCUUGCAAAAUGCAGCUGAACCAUCUGUGGUUGCUGGUGAAAUUAAGCAAAACUCUGAACUUCAGAAUGCUUUGGAAAAAUGCAUCCGGGAACUCUCAAAUAAGGUUGGGGAUGUAGGGCCCAUUCUUGAUAUGUUAAGUGUGGUUCUUGAGACCAUAUCCACUAAUGUACUCACGGCUAGGACCACAACAUCAGCUGUUCUUCGUGCUGCAGAUAUAGUAUCUGUAGUCCCUAACAUUUCUUACCACAAGAAGGUAUUUCCCGAUGCAUUGUUUCACCAGCUGUUCCUUGCAAUGUCCCACACAGAUUGGGAAACAAGAGUUGGGGCACAUAAUAUUUUCUCUGUCCUCCUCCUUCAAUCUCUUCUUCUGCCUUUGUCAAAUCAACAUAAGAAAACCUCAGAGGCUCUUUCUGGGGUUUCGUCAGUUAACAGAACCCAUAAAAAAGAGACUGAGAAUUCUGUCUAUGAUGAAUAUAAAGAUAAAGCUGAGGAAUCCUUGAAUGGGGAACUGAAUAAAGAAAGACAGAUAUCUCAUUCCAAUGUACCAGAAUCUACAAGACAACAAUUUAAUUGGCAGUCUUUGGAUAAUUUCAAGGAUGUUGCUGGUCGCAUAAAGUCAUUAUCUUCGCUCCGACUGAGUAGUCACCAAGUGAAUAUGCUGCUUUCAUCAUUGUGGAUUCAGGCAACUUCUACUGAUAAUACCCCUGCAAACUUUGAGGCCAUGGCACACACGUAUAAUAUCACUCUGCUGUUUUCACGAGCAAAGACGUCGAGUCAUGUGGUGCUGGUACGGUGCUUUCAGUUGGCCUUUUCUCUUCGAAGUCUCUCUUUGGCUCAAGAUGGAGGUAUGCAGCCAUCUCGUAGAAGAUCUCUCUUCACUUUUGCAUCAUAUAUGCUCAUUUUCACAGCCAAGGUUUGCAAUCUCUUGGAGCUAAUUCCAAUUAUCAAAGCAUCUUUAACUGACCAAACGGUUGACCCCUAUCUUAAGCUGGAAGGAGAUAGCAGAUUACGGGCUGCUUGUGAUGCAUUUCCACACGAAGGAGUGGCAGUAUAUGCGUCUGAGGAAAAUGAUGUGACUACUUUCAAUUCCAUUUUAGCAACAGAAUCUGAUGACAGUCGUUUGAAGGAAAUUGUGAUUUCUCACUUUGCAGCUAAUUUCGAAACAUUAUCAGAGGAUGAGGCAUCGAACUUGAAAGAGCAAAUUCUGUCGGAAUUUUUACCAGAUGAUGCACUCCCACUAGGUGCACCAUUGUACAUGGACACACCAGGACCCAGUUCACCUCUUAAUCAAACAGAAUUUCCAGCCUUCGAAGAGGUUGAGCUUUCGGCUAUAGUGGCAUAUGGAGAAACUUCUCCAGAGGUUAAUGGGAGUCAGUCUGGGGGCAGAACUUCAUUGUCCACAAACACGGCCGAUAUUCUGAGUGUCAAUGAGCUGUUAGAAUCGGUAACAGAAACUGCUCGACAUGUCGUUAGUUCCCGAGUUUCCUCCACACCUAUUCCUUAUGACCAAAUGAUGAAUCAGUGCGAAGCCCUUGUGACGGGUAAGCAGCAGAAGAUGUCUGUACUUCAAAGUUUCAAACUCAAAGAAACCAAGGCAAUAUCGAUAUUGGAAGAAGAUGAUGACAAGAAGGAAGAGGUCUUGCUUCUCAAAGGGAAGGAAGCUGCAGAAGAUGAUAUGAAGGCAAUGGCAUUGGCUCAAGUUGAACCUUGUAACCAGCACUCCGCCUGCGGGCACGAAAUGGGAUAUAACUCUUUUCGGCUACCGCCUUCGAGUCCUUACGACAAGUUCUUGAAAGCAGCUGGCUGUUAAAGGAUACACCUCGUCUUUUCAUACAUGUACCUAUUAUAUAUAUAUAUACACGCGCAUAUUGUAAUAUCACCUUGUGUAAUAUUGUGAUGCGGUGGUGUUCUUGUUUCAUAUUCGAUUUAUAUUCCAUUUCGAUGUGAUAACCUUCUGUAAUCAAGAGAGCAUUUGUUGUAAUAUCGGUUCUUCGGAGUUUGCAAAGAACGUACGAGUGAAUUAUGCGUAGAUUCUGAUUGCUUUUGA